GCGCUGCCUUUGGCGUAGACACAGUCUGAGCCGCGGUGAUCCUGGUCCCGUUGCUGGCUGGUCAUGGCGACCGUAAAGAGGCCUUAUACCUUUGUGGUCCUUGGAGCCUCCGGCUUCACCGGCCAGUACGUGGUUCAGGAGGUGGCCCGGCAGCAGAUGAACCCGGAGCUACGAGGCUCCGCGUUUACCUGGGCCGUGGCCGGCCGGAGUCGGGAGAAGCUGCUGCAGGUGUUGGAGAAGGCAGCGCAGAAAUUGGAAAGACCUACACUUCCAGAUGAAGUUGGUAUAAUAAUCUGUGAUAUCAUUAAUUCAGACUCUCUUGAUGAAAUGGCUAAACAAGCAACUGUUGUUCUCAAUUGUAUAGGACCAUAUCGAUUUUAUGGGGAACCUGUGGUCAAAGCAUGUAUUGAAAAUGGAGCUAGCUGUAUUGACAUCUCUGGGGAACCACAGUUUUUGGAAGAAAUGUAUUGGAAGUAUCAUGAAAAAGCUGAAGAGAAAGGGGUAUAUAUUGUUGGAAGCAGUGGUUUUGAUUGCAUUCCAGCUGAUCUAGGAGUAUUAUAUACCAGAAAUAAAUUGAAAGGUACUCUGACUGCUGUUGAAAGUUUCCUGACAAUGAAUUCAGGACCUGAGGGAAUGUGUAUUCAUGAUGGCACUUGGAAGUCAGCUGUUCAUGGUUUUGGUGACCAGAAGCAUUUAAGAAACCUACGAAAACAAUCAAAUAUGAAACCUGUUCCAGUUGUUGGUUCGAAAUUGAAAAGAAGAUGGCCUGUUUCUUACUGUAGUGAAUUGCGGGAAUAUUCUAUCCCAUUCCUGGGAGCUGAUGUCUCUGUUGUGAAACGGACACAGCGGUUCUUGUAUGAAGACUUGCAGGAAUCACCAGUUCAGUAUGCUGCUUAUGUGACUGUUGGAGGCCUUACUUCCGUUAUUAAGCUGAUGUUUGCAGGACUUUUCUUUUUACUCUUUGUGAAGUUUAGCAUUGGAAGACAACUUCUGGUCAAAUUUCCGUGGUUUUUCUCCUUUGGGUAUUUCUCACAACAAGGACCAACACAGAAACAGAUGGAUGAUGCGUCAUUUACACUUACAUUCUUUGGUCAAGGAUAUAGUCAGGACCAUACUACAAAACAUGGCAAACCCAAUAUUAAAAUUUGCACUCAAGUGAAAGGACCAGAGGCUGGUUAUGUGGCUACACCCAUAGCAAUGGUUCAGGCAGCUGUGACUCUUUUAAAAGAUACUUCUGAGCUUCCUAAGGGAGGUGGUGUCUUUACACCAGGAGCUGCUUUCUCCAAAACCAAGCUGAUUGAAAGACUCAACCGAUGUGGCAUUGAAUUUAGUGUCAUUAGCAGCUCUGAAGUCUAAAAAUUAGAAAUAUUUAUAAAAUUGCAUGAAUUAAUAGCUUCUUCAUUUGACGCUUGAAAUUCUUGUGGUAAUUCCUUGUGAUCAGGGCAAAAAAGCUUUCAUAAAAAGCAGUUUGUGCUUGGCACACAUGCGCUAAGUUGCUAUUCUUAACUUGGUAUCAUUGCUUGUCAGAGCAUGAGAUAUUUCCCUUACAUAGAUGUGAAGUGGCUGGUCAGGUGGGAGGAGUGAGCUUUGAAACAUGGAGGGCAACUUUGCAGUGAGUUUCCCUGAUGCUUUUAUGUGCCUUUGCUAUUCGAGCUUGAUUCUCACUACCCUCUAACUAGCUUUGGUUAUUUAGUGAGAUGAAGACAAAGUACAGGUGCCAUCGAGGUGAUUGCUUGUGUGCUGACUUGCCUCUCAUAGUUACGCAGGAGUAUGAAUGUGCUUCUCGUGCCCUGACUUACCUGCUAAUGAUACUUAGGGAGUCUUUCUUCUUCUGGCUGCAUUUUUAAAGACUAUACUUGAGUGUGCUGAUAAAGAUUUUUCUUUGAUUUUCAGUGCUCAAAGUAAGUUUUUUCCUAUUCACCUUUUAGGCCAAAACUGGGUUCUCCGUUGAAGUAUGUUGUCCUUCAUGAAAGCUGUAUGUGGGUUUUUUAAAACAUUAAACAUGUGCCAUAUAGCCUUA